AUGGCGUGGGGAGGGCAGCCGCGCCCGUUGCUGGCGCUGUGGCUGCUGGCGGCCCUGGCUCGAUCCGGCUCCGGGGAGGCGGGCGACGGGGGGUGGCGGCGGGCCGGGCCGGGGGCGGCGGCCGUGGAGGAAGAGCGCUGUACGGUGGAGCGCCGCGCCGACCUCACCUACGCUGAGUUUAUGCAGCACUACGCCUUCCUCAGGCCCGUCAUCCUGCAGGGGCUCACGAACAACUCGAGGUUCCGGGCUCUGUGCUCCCGAGAAAGGUUGCUGGCCUCAUUUGGGGACAACGUGAUUCGGCUGAGCACUGCCAACACCUACUCUUACCAGAAAGUGGACCUGCCCUUCCAGGAAUAUGUGGAGCGGCUACUGCACCCUCAGAACCCCACCUCCCUGGGCAAUGAUACCCUUUACUUUUUUGGGGACAACAACUUCACCGAGUGGGCAUCGCUCUUUCGGCACUACUCCCCACCCCCAUUUCGUCUCCUGGGGACCACUCCUGCUUACAGCUUUGGAAUCGCAGGAGCUGGUUCUGGAGUACCCUUCCAUUGGCACGGGCCUGGGUUCUCAGAGGUGAUCUAUGGCCGUAAGCGCUGGUUUCUUUACCCUCCUGAAAAGACACCUGAGUUUCAUCCCAACAAAACCACACUGGCCUGGCUCCAGGACACGUACCCAGCCCUGGCACCAUCUGCACGGCCCCUAGAGUGCACCAUACGGGCUGGUGAGGUGCUGUAUUUCCCUGACCGCUGGUGGCAUGCCACACUCAACCUGGACACCAGUGUCUUCAUUUCUACCUUUCUUGGCUAAGCCAGAGCUGACAGCUGGCGAGCUCGUCACACC